AUGCUAACGGCUGAGAACGGACAGCUAGACGACCAGCUCAUAGUCGCGAUAUUCGCUCGACUGGAGAUCGAGUGUUGCAAGAGCAAUCGGCGUGACGCUGGUCCCGUCGAAGAUGGUGGUCCCGUCGAAGAUGGUGGUGCCGUCCAUGCCGCUGUCAUACUAGGCUUCACAUUUGGGCUGGUCGAUCUCAUCGAGAUGUACGGCAACCACGGCCCUGGGCAUCAGGCAUCCGACACGCCCAGAGGCCCGAGAUUCGGAAUGAAGUGGUCGAUCUUCAUGGGAGAAGUCAGCCUCAGAUAUGACCCAGAGAAAGAAGAUGGAGUCGAUUACUUCCUCCAGGUACGACAAGGUCCGCCUAGUGGAACGGGCCGGUGGACGGACCUGACUAUGUCUACCCUACAUGAAAUCACCCAUGGAAAUGCAACCUCCCCCGUCACGUACAAUUAG